AGUUUUGGUCAGCCAGGUGCUAAAAAAAAAGAAAACCACUGCCGCUUACAAGAAUAAUGAUCCGCUCAACAAUGAUUAAAUUGUAAGAGUAGUGUGUAAGUCUGUACAUCUUAAAACUAUACCAAGUAUAAAUCUGACUGAAUUGCAGGAUAGUGGGGGAUGUGUUUGUUCUGUAAAGGAAAUGUGUGGGUUUCAUUGUUUUUGUAAAGAAUUCAAAUAAGGUGAGUUUGAGUCCUUGAGGUAAUUUUUAAAGAGGCGUGCCUUGACAAUCUGAGCGCAAAUCAUGGGUCGGUUCUUCAGAGAGGUUUCAUUACCCAGACUGGACGAGGACACACACUUCUGAGACAAUUUUAUAUUCAUCCACAUCAGGACAAACAUGGACAUGGAUAAAAUAACAGAUAAAUUCACUAUUGAUCUGAAUUUUUCUGAAGACUAUUUCAGUGAAUAUGAAAAUGUGACAGAACAACCUGAUGGAGUGCAGUACAUCUGUAAGAAUGAAAAGAACCCACUGCAUCUGUUUCACACUGUGUUCCGACCCCUUGUAUAUAGUGUGGUGUUUCUCCUGGGCUUAACAGGAAAUGGUCUCCUCUUGACAGUUCUGCUAAAACGGCGGAGCAACCUGCGCAUCACAGAGAUCUAUCUGCUACAUCUGGCACUGGCUGACCUGCUCCUCCUCUUCACUCUUCCAUUCGCAAUUACUCAAGGAGCAGCCGGGUGGCUUUUUGGAACCUUUCUGUGCAAGCUAUUGGGCCUUAUUAAUCGCCUCAAUCUGAUGUGUGGGAGUUUGCUUUUGGCAUGCAUCGGCUUCGAUCGCUACCUCGCCAUUGUGCACGCCAUCCCCAGUCUCCAGGCCCGUCGGCCUAGGACGGUUCACCUCACUUGUGUACUGCUCUGGCUCAUCUGCCUAUCUGUGGCCAUUCCCAACAUGGUGUUCCUGUCCGUGAUGAAAGAGGUGAACUCUACCAGGUUGUCUUGUGAUUACCACAACUAUGGCAUCCAUGCAAGCAACUGGUUGUUGACCAGCCGCUUUCUCACACAUCUGCUGUGCUUCUUUCUGCCUCUGGUGAUCAUGGGGUACUGCUACACUUCUAUAAUCAUCACUCUUUGCCAAAGCCAGAGAAGUCUGGAGAAACAGGGAGCAAUUCGGUUGGCCCUACUGGUUACACUGGUUUUCUGCCUGUGCUGGCUACCGUAUAACAUCACCGUUUUCACGCAUACCCUGGUAGUGUUGGGUGUUAUGCCUAAGCUGGACUGCCAUGCUCAUGACGCACUGAAUCGGGCACUGAUAGUGACAGAAAGCAUUGGCUUUUCCCAUUGUUGUCUGAAUCCAAUCCUGUACGCCUUCAUAGGGGUCCGUUUCCGAAGAGACCUCCUGCAGUUGCUAGCAAAAACAAAGUGUCUGCGUGCAUGCCUGUCAGGUCUUCAAAGAAAAAGUCUUAACAGGAUGUCGAUCACAGAAGCCAUUACUACCACAACAAGUAACCAAUACAUAUAAAAGCAUCUGAAUGUUUUUGUACAUAUUGUUUUCCUUUUCUUCCUUUCCUUGGCAGCUAUGAGAUUUACAGAUUUACCUGCGCACUGAGCCAAUCACUGCAAACAUGACUGAAACACAUAUGUGAGUGUAUGAAAUCAUAUAAAUUCAGACAAUCUGUUAGUCAGAGAUUGAAUUUCAUUAAUAAGCAAAACUGAGCAUCAUUCUUAACCUGCUGUAGUGCUUUGCAUUGUUUUCAAUGGAUUAUUAUUAAAUAUGAGAUAAAGAAUUGUUCUGUAACAAAUAACUGGAAAUAAAAGAGUGAUAUAAUGGU